ACUAAAAGUCAAAAUUUGAACAUCACUGAAUUUGAAUUGAUUCGUCAUGACAAUUGUUCAAGAAGAAGUUCUCGUUACUGUAACUAUCCAUCGUUCGUCGUGUUGUACGACAACAAGAAGACAUCGCCACGGGUUGUUGUUCGGAGGUUUCGAAGGACGGUGAGAAACGUUGGAGAAGGUGGCGGAGUGUACAAGGUUGAUGUGGUCGCACCAAGGGGGAGUUCUGUUACUGUUCAUCCAAAGACUCUGGUUUUUGUCAAGAAGUAUGAGAGGAUGAACUACACGUUGACCGUGAAGUAUGUGAAAGACAAGAAGGGAAGAGUUUCGCGAGGUUGGGUCAGAUGGAAUGAGAUGCAUGGGACACAUAAAGUAACGAGCCCGAUUGUAAUAGCGCCUGCGGCUGCUUGAGCUGUUUGAUUUGCAAUCUUUUUUAGUUUUCCUCUCAUGGAAGUUGGUGU